ACUGCUGGCAGGUAAAUCUCUGCACUUGUGUAUUCAGCAAUCACUCGUGUUUGGAACAUUUACUAAUUCUUGUUGUUGUGACAUGGAGCUCAGUGAAAAAAUCCAAGAUGGACCUAUUGGCCACACUAAUUCUGCUUUUCAGACUGAUGAGUUUCCUCAUCGAGAAGAACCAAACAGCAAUGAUCUUCAGAGCAAGAGACACAUUAAUGGAGACUCUGUAAUGAUUAGCCAGUUUAACGAUGAGACAACAUUUACUAAAUCUGAUAAAGGAGCCUCAAAUCAUAAAAGAUACUUUGAAAAGAAAUAUGAUGCUGUAUGUUCCUUCUAUAACAAACAUAAAGCCACAAUUAAACACGUGAUCUAUGGGAUUUUAUUGGCAGGUUUCUUUGCGAUGGUGAUCGCAGCCUGUGCUUUGAACUUCAAAAGGGCACUCGCUCUCUUUGUUUUAACGCUGCUGGUCAUCUUUUUUGUCUGCUGGGAUUUAUUUAUGGACAGAUAUGAAGGGAAAAUUGUCAAAUUCUUCUCCCCUGCUGGUUUGUUCUUAAAAAAACAAUGGUUUUGGUUGAAAUGGGUAGUUUGGCUAAGCCUUAUUGCAGCAGUGAUAUUAUGGCUUAUUUUUGACACAGCAAAAAUGGGAGGCAAUCAGCUCAUUUCUUUUGGUGGCCUUGUAAUGUAUGUUCUCCUGAUGCUAAUCUUCUCUAAACAUCCAACUAAGGUUCACUGGCGACAAGUAUUUUGGGGUAUUGGACUGCAGUUCCUUUUAGGACUACUUAUCCUAAGAACAAAGCCAGGAUUUGAAGCAUUUGACUGGCUUGGCAUACAAGUGCAGACUUUCCUGGAAUAUUCAGAUACUGGCUCAAAGUUUGUCUUUGGAGAAAAGUAUAUUGAUCACUUUUUUGCUUUUAAGGUUCUACCUAUUGUGAUAUUCUUCAGCACCGUCAUGUCAAUGCUUUACUUCACCGGUUUCAUGCAGUGGCUAAUUAAAAAGGUUGGUUGGUUAAUGCAAAUUACCAUGGCAACGACUCCUACAGAAUCAUUGGUGGCUGCUGGAAAUAUAUUUGUGGGACAGACUGAAUCUCCUCUUCUGAUAAGGCCAUAUCUGGAACAUUUGACAAAAUCAGAAAUACAUGCAGUGAUGACUGCUGGAUUUGCUACAAUUGCAGGAAGCGUCCUUGGAGCAUACAUUUCAUUUGGAGUAUCUUCUUCUCACCUGUUGACUGCCUCUGUCAUGUCUGCCCCAGCUGCACUUGCUGUAGCCAAGUUAUUCUGGCCAGAAACUGAACCAGUGAAAAUUAAUAUGGAGCAUGGGCUUAAACUGGAGAAAGGGGAUGCAAGAAAUAUUCUGGAAGCUGCAAGUCAAGGAGCUUCUGCAUCAAUUUCUUUGGUGGCAAACAUAGCUGUGAACCUGAUGGCUUUUCUCUCACUGCUAGCGUUCUUCAAUGCUGUCCUCUCGUGGCUGGGAAAUAUGUUUGAUUAUCCACAGUUAAGCUUUGAGGUAAUAUGUUCGUAUGUCUUCAUGCCAUUCUCCUUCAUGAUGGGUGUAGACUGGGAAGACAGCUUCAUAGUUGGAAAACUUAUAGGAUACAAGACAUUUUUUAAUGAGUUUGUUGCAUAUGAAUACCUUGCUGGGCUGAUCAACAAGAGGAAGAAAAAUGAGCAGCUGUUUAUAGAUGGAGUAAAGCAAUAUAUGUCAGUUAGGUCGGAAGUUAUUGCGACAUAUGCUUUGUGUGGAUUUGCUAAUUUUGGCUCCUUGGGAAUUACUAUUGGUGGACUUUCCUCAAUGGCACCAAGCAGAAAGGGUGACAUUGCAGCUGGUGCAAUACGGGCCAUGAUCGCUGGUACAGUGGCAUGCUUCAUGACUGCUUGCAUUGCAGGCAUAUUAACUCCACCAAUUACACAGACAGUAUGCAGUGAUGUGUUAGACAGCAUCUUCCUUAAUUCUACAAACUUGCCUGUUAAAACACCAGAGAUUACUGACUGCUGCUUGACCCUCUAUAAAUGGGUUGUUGCUGAAAGUCCAACAAACUUUACCAUUGGAGGCAAUUAUAGCAUGAGCGCGUUGUCAGGAUGCUGUCAGCUGAUUGAUUCCCCAACCUUCAAUUGCACUUGGUUUACUCGCAGUACAUUAGACUUUUGAUUUCACUGUAUGAGUGCAAUUUGUGCAAAUGUGUAAUUUGAAUGGUUUUUCCAUCUUUGAGCUCCAUUUCAGAGUUUACAAAUAAAAUUAAAAGGGUUGUCUCACCACAUCA